AUGUCUAAUAUUCCAACCUCUACUCCAGUGUUGAUUGCAGGUGCAGGUCCUGCAGGCCUUGUAGCAGCUUUAACGCUCCUGCGGAAUGGUAUUUCUGUCCGGAUUAUCGAAAAGGAGGCAAAAUAUCGUGUGGGUCAACGAGGUCCUGGAAUUUUCCCUCGUGCAUUGGAACUUUUUCACCAUCUUGAAGUCCCUGAAAUUGCUCAGACAGCGAAACUGGCACCUCAAAUGCGAACGUACAAAUUAGGAGGUGUUGAACUUCUCAAGACCUUCCCCAUGUCACCGUACACAGAGCCUACGCCCGCCAUUCCCUACUAUAAUCUGGUUGUUAUAGGCCAGGAAACUCUUGAAGGCAUUUUACGUUCUCAUGUCGAGAAACUAUCUUGCACUGUUGAACUAGGCACAGAGCUUUGUUCUUUUGAGCAGUUUUCUGACCAUGUAGUGGCCCAUGUCACGAAAGAGAAACAUGGUGAAGUAGUACAUGAAACGAUCAGAGCUAACUGGCUAGUUGGGGCUGAUGGAGCCAAAGGUAUUGUACGCAAGCACUUGGGCCUGACAUUCUUAGGAGAAACUCGAGAAGAUAUGCGCAUAGUCACGGGAGAUAUCUAUCUCGCGGCGAAAGGAGUUGACAGAGAACAUAGGCAUGUUUUUGGAGAAAUGGGAACAAGGGCUGUCAUUUUACGGCCUACAGAUGAAUUUGGUCCUGAUGGAUAUCAAUUCAUCAUGGCUGGCCCGGAUCUCGAUACCACUCUUUUGGCUGGGAAUAAAGAUGAACUUUUUAAAUGUAUGUCUGCUAUCGUUGGCACGGACAUUACAUUCGGCGAACUUCGUUGGGUUUCCGAAUUUCGACCCAAUAUUCGCAUGGUGAAUACAUUCGGAGAGGGCAGAGUUUUUGUUGCUGGAGAUGCGGCACAUGUCCAUAGUCCUACUGGUGGCCAAGGUCUUAAUUCCAGUAUCCAGGACUCUUUCAACUUAGGUUGGAAGAUCGCGCUGGUGGAGAAAGGCUUUGCUCCGAUCUCAUUAAUGGAUACAUACACCGCUGAACGCCUGCCCGUUAUCGCGGAGAUGCUCAAUAUCACCACCACCAUCUUAGACAAGACAACUGCUGCUACACGAUCGACUGCAGAAUCGGCUUUUCAGCGUGGCCAGAAGAUGUACAUGCUUGGCGUGAACUACCGGAACAGUCCUAUUGUUGUUGACGAGUUCGUGACGGAAUUCAAGCCGGCGGAUGCCUAUGGGAAUAUUCAGGAUGGUUGUCUCCAAGCUGGUGAUAGGGCUCCCGAUGCUCCAGGCUUGAUGGCCAUUGAUCACGCGGCGACCGUAACCAGUGGAACCACACGUCUCUUCACUAUCUUUCGGCCGUGGUAUCACACUCUCCUGAUCUUCGUCCCAGACGUUGAAAAGUCAACCUCGUUUAUUUCUGCCCUUGAGCGCUAUCAACCCGGUCUUGUGCGCUCUAUUAUUAUAGUUCCUUCUGUAACUUCUUUGCAACCCAACCCAAGUGCCGAUAAUUUGUUGGUUGAUCGGGAUGGGCAUGCGUACAAAGGUUACCUGGUAAACGAAGGAGAAACUAAAGUUGUCGCUGUUAGGCCGGACGGUGUGGUUGGUGCUAUCGUGCGAGGAGCGGAAGGGAUGGUUAAAUACUUUGGAGGAGUCUUUGGGGUUUGA